UAUUAUUUCCGAUUAUUUCGAAUAAGCUGACGCAACUGUCAAUCGAUAUAAGAGGAGGAGGCAGCUGCAAAUUUGCAGUAAUUUCUUGUUUGCAGCCAGAAGAAACAGAAGAAAGUUCGCAUAAUGAAAACCAUUAUAUUGUUGAGUACGAUUAUAAGCAUUACAAAAUCCAUACCGAAAAUAAGUUGGGAACAGGAUGCGGAUCGUAUGUGGAUCACGUAUCAUAACGCGAUAAAUAACAAGCAACAUCUCGUCGCAUGCUCUGAAGAAGAGAGCAUUAAUUUGCACGGACUGGGGUUAGAAAAGAUCCCUAAAGAUCUGGUGAAGAGCAAGACGAUACAAUCAAUAUCGUUACAUGAAAAUAGCAUCCGAAAAGUAUCAAGAGAUGCAUUCGAGGAAGUUCCUCUUUUGAAGUGUCUAAAUCUCGCUCAUAAUUACAUUUCUUUCGAUAAUCUCGAGAUAAAGCACGACAAUUUGAAAACAUUAAUUAUAGAUUUUCAAGUAGCACCAGAAAUGAACGAUGUAAUACCUGUGAGCAAUGCAAAAAUAAGGUGUCCUAACAUUGAUACAUUGUCCUGGAGAGGAAUAACUCACGAAUUUCCUCUUUUGUGGAUAGACAUGUUUCCAAAGUUAAAACAUAUUUAUUUAUCCGACAGUCAUUACAUACAAUAUAUCAACGAAACUGCCAUUUAUUUACUGAAUUUGAGAAGUCUAUACUUAGAACGAAAUUCGAUUGAUAAAUUCAUUAUGAAUAAUCUUGGAAACAUCGAGAUAUUGUAUCUGGAUGAGAAUCCUCUUGAGGAAUUUUGGAUAAAUCCAAUUUACCAAAGAUUAAGAAUUUUAUCGUUAUCUAACUGUUCGUUGUUCGAUUUGCCAGAGUUAAAUAUUCGAUCCUUAGAAUCGUUAGAUUUAUCUCAUAAUCAAAUACGUGUUGUAUCAAUAGACGCGUUCCAAUACACGGUUUUAUUAGAAAAUUUGAAUUUAGAUAACAAUGUAUUAACAACGAUUCCUCCUGUAGAUCAUUUAAAUAAUUUGAAAACAUUGUCGUUAAAUUAUAACUUCAUUAGGAAUAUUACGGAUAUCGUCACAUCAAGUUCUUUAAAAACGUUGAAUCUACGCGGAAAUGAGAUAGACAACAUCGACGUAAUGGAGUUUUGGAAUCUGAAAAUGUUAGAAUAUUUAGACAUAUCUCGUAAUAAAUUAAAAUCAUUGCCUCCGAAAUGGCACAAAGGCAUGAAAAGGCUAAAAUAUCUAAAUUUGCAGUACAAUAAUUUUAUAAGUAUCGAAUAUAUGUCUAUCUUUCACAUGAGUUAUUUGAAAGAAUUGUAUAUAAAAAAUAAUAGUAUCACGUAUAUAGAUCUAAAUACAUUAUCAAGUGUGCCAAAUAAUUGUACUAUAUACGUGCUUUAAAAAUGUUAUUAUUCUAUAAUUUAGCAGUAUUAUAAUUGGUACCAUACAGUGUAAUAUAAUAACAAUUGUAAUUAUUAUAUACAGAGUAAAAUCACUUGUUUAGUGCAGCAAUAAAUUCGGAGAACUUAA